GUCCCCUCCGUAACCAGUUUGGCUCAAGCCUUUUAGUCGUGCCAUUUGGCAGAAUCAUGGACAUUCCGGCGAGCGCUCGUGUCGAACGUUCAUGUCCUUUUGAUGGCGCGAGUUGCGUUUUGGUGCGCGUGGCUGACCUUGGGCGAGAGCAACUUCUGGGAAUACGUAGCGAACUACGACGAGUUGUUCAGAGCAGAUGCAUUAGAGUACUUGCGAGAACCAGGGCGAUACCCCCCGUCCAUAGCGGUGCGACGAUUGAGGACAUCACAGUCCGAGGGUUGUGUUACAGAGGGGCGACUUCACCAAUUCGAGGUGGACGCAGAGAUGGGACUGACAAAGUUUGCCAGGAAGAUUGUCAAUUCAAGCGCGGCAGAUUUCACUCUGGUGCCUCACUGCCUGGGCAACCGUAUCACUCGAUUUUUUGAAUAUUGUAGGCUCCUGCCGAGCCAGAAGCAAUUGAGUCUGCAUAAGACAGGUUGCUGGGCUUUUGUGAAAGAUAGCCUGGAGCCAUCGCUCCGUGCCUGGGUGGGCGAAAUCUCGCGAAGAAUAGGGCCAGGCGCCGUGGUGGUUUUGAGCUUGACUUCUUCGCGGCUCUUUGCCAAGGCGCUGCAGGGAAUCCCUUUCGUCAUCGGCUACGCUGGGGCCACGAAUUGGCUGGCGCGGCACUUUCCAAGUCUCAGUGCGGGGGUGCCCCCUGACUUCGGUUGCGGCACGGAGCGCACCAGGAGAGCAACCGGCCAGUCAUCAUGGAUGUAUCCGCACGUUUGGCCACAGGAUGUGGUUGUGCAGUCUCCGUCUCCUUUCGAUUAUAGGACAGACUGGAGGUCGUCGGCUGAGCGGCCCUUCCUCUUCAGCUUCGUGGGACAGAACACCUCAUGCGUGCGGAAUCUUAUCCUGCGUGCCUGGGGCAAGAGCGUGCGGCCCGACGUGUACGUGGCGGAUACGUCCGGGUCUGACCUCAGCUACUCUACAGUGCUGCAACGCUCACAGUACUGUUUGGUCCCUGACGGACACGUGCCCUGGACCUUCCGCUUCCUCGACGUUCUGCACCAUGGCUGCGUGCCUGUCGUUGUGAGCGAAUCCUGGCAUCCCCCGCUGCACAGAAUUCUGCACUGGACCGACGCCCAAUUUCCAGUACUCUUCGUGCACCCUGCACGCGUCCGCGGUCUCCACGAGCGUCUCGCUAUGGAGGAGCCUGCAACGUGGUCCGCGAUGCAACGGCAGACGGCCGCUCUGGCUGCUGCGUUAGACAUGCGCUCAGACGUCUUCUAUGAGCUGCAGUUGGCGGAAUUGGUGCUCGCAGUGCGUGAUAGGCCCUGACAUCGAGACGAUCGAUGUGCUGACUCGCUCUCUUGUUGGCCGAGGCGAGCUCCACGCACCAUCAAAUGCAAACCCAGGGCCUCACCGGCAUUCUCAUAGCGCUUGGCCUGCCCCGUGAAUCUUGGACAGCUCAAUACGGCUCCCUUCCGGCAAGACUGCCAUAUUCAUUGAAUCCCCUCCAGCAAGACUGCCAUACUCAUUGAAUUCGGAAAACAAUUAUUUGUGUGUCCCCGGG